AUGAAGCGACCAAACAGCAACGGAGACUUGGGUGAAACCUUGCUGAAGAAAAAAAAGGGGUGGGACACUCUGUACGAGACGGUGAUAAAUGCGUCGUCCCGUGCGAGAAUAAAGUAUGAUGAGAACGCCCUCGUGAGAAAGGACCUGCCAGAUUUGAAGCGCUCCAGUCGCUUCAUGUUCACCCUGUCGUCUACUGGGGUCAUUCCGCGCGAGGAGGUGGACGUCACGAAGAAAAUCCUGAAGCUAUGCAACCUGCGGGACGAGUUUAUAAAGCCGUUCACAGACAUCGACACCACGUUGGUAGAAAAAAGGACCCACUCGGAGGGCGGCGAACCGAAGGAGCAUGAAGACACCAAGUCGGAUGAGCCAAUUUAUAACCCUAGCAAGGUGGUUAUUUUGGACAAGUGUAACGCGUUCCUCAAUUUCGUCGACGGGAUUUUCUUCGUCCACUGGGACCCUCUGCAGGACGAUGGGCCGAAGAGCAAAGACGAAUGCAGCGAAGAAAACAAGUUAGCAGAGCACGCGGGCAUGAAGUCGACGGAGGAGUACCUAUCUGCCAUCCAAGAAAUAAUGCUAGCCGUGCAGGACCCCGCUUGCAAAAGCUUCUGCUACCAAAGGUUAAAAUAUUUAGAGCAAAAAUUUGAUUUCCACCUUAUGUUUAAUGGGUCUUUAGAAUUACGUGAAACAACAAACAUCAAGCACAGAGAUUUUUAUAACAUCAGGAAGGUCGAUACACAUGUCCAUCACUCAGCCUGCAUGCAACAGAAGGUAUUACUUCGGUUCAUUCGAGAUAAAUACAAAACGGAAUCUAACACCGUAGUGUAUAUAUCAGAUAACGGGAUCAAAAUGACCCUGAAAGAUAUUUUCGAUCAAAAAUUAAAGACCUCUGCUUAUGAAGCUACCGUAGAUACACUAGCUGUUAAUGCACUUGGGAGUUGCUUCCACAGAUUUGAUCUGUUUAAUAAUAAGUACAAUCCAUUUGGACAAAAGUUGUUAAGAGAAAUUUUUUUAAAAACAGAUAAUUAUAUUGAAGGAAGGUACUUGGCCGAAAUUACAAAACAAGAAAUAAAAAAUUUAGAGAAAUCGAAAUAUCAACAUGUGGAAUGGCGUAUAUCUAUAUAUGGACAGAACCCAAAUGAAUGGAAAAAGCUAGCUAAAUGGGUUCUACAAAAUAAUCUCUCCAGUGCUUCUGUACGAUGGAUUAUUCAAGUACCAAGACUUUACUAUGUAUAUAAAAAAAGAGGCUUAAUUAAUUCCUUUGCAGAUUUUUUAAGUAACAUAUUUGAACCUUGUUUCCAAGCGGCUAAAAACCCAGAACAAAACAGAGAAGUUUUUGCCUUCCUUCAGCAAGUCGUUGGGUGGGAUAGCGUUGAUGAUGAGUCCGCCAUUUCGAAGUAUACCACUGGGGGUGGGGAGCUUCCUACUCCAGACAAAUACACCAGUGACAACAACCCCCCCUACUCCUACUACGCAUACUAUAUGUACGCUAACAUAAGGACCCUCAAUGACUUUCUCGUUAGUAGACACCUUCGCCCAAUGGCUUUCAGACCCCACUGUGGCGAAAUCGGAAACAUAAGCCAUCUGGCCUCCAUGUUCCUUCUGGCGGACAGAAUAAACCACGGAAUAAAUUUGAGGAAAUCGCCCGUUUUGCUUUACCUCUACUAUUUGAAGCAGAUCGGGCUGGCCGUUUCGCCCCUGUCCAACAACGCCCUGUUUUUGCAGAUCGAGAAAAACCCCUUUAAGCGCUUCUUCAAAAUUGGCCUCAACGUGUCACUGUCCACGGACGACCCCCUCAUGUUCCACUUCACGGAUGAGCCCCUGCUGGAGGAGUACUCCGUGUGCGCGCACAUAUGGAAGCUCACCACCGUGGACUUAUGCGAACUAGCAAGGAAUUCCGUCAUGCAGAGUGGAUACGAACCAUCCUUCAAGAAGCACUGGUUGGGUAUAGACACAACUAAUGGAGUGAUAAAUUUUGAGAACCACCCGGAGAAAACGAACAUACCCAAUACGAGGGUGGCGUACAGGAAGAAUACCUUUGACGAAGAGAAUGAAAACAUUCGGAGGCUGGCGAAUUACACAAGUGAUGCGUGCGGGAUUGACCCGUAG